CGUGGGGGCGCGGCGCGGCGCGGGGCGCUGCUCGCCUUUUGUUCGGCAGCAGCGGACGGGCGGCACCGAGCGCGGAACGAGCUCAGCGCAGAGCAGCCAUGGAGGUGAUGAACAUGAUGGAGCAGCCGAUUAAGGUGACGGAGUGGCAGCAAACCUACACCUACGACUCGGGGAUCCACUCCGGCGUCAACACCCAGGUGCCCUCGGUCAGCAGCAAGUGCCAUGGAGACGAGGACGAGGUCUAUGGGAAGCAAUACACCAUCAAGAAGACAACCACCACGAGCUAUUGCCAGGGAGGAGGCCAGGCCCAGAGCCAAGUGCAAGCAGCAGACAUGGAGGCUCAGCUGGCCAUGACCCGUGCCCAGCGUGUCCGGGCUGCCAUGUACCCCGAGACGGUGGAGGAUCGCUCGCUGCUGCUCAGCACGCAGCUGGAGGGGCAGCAGACCAACGUGCAGCGCCUGGCAGAGCCCUCGCAGAUGCUGAAGUCUGCCAUUGUGCACCUCAUCAACUACCAGGACGACGCUGAGCUGGCCACCCGUGCCAUCCCCGAGCUCACCAAGCUGCUCAACGAUGAGGACCCGGUGGUUGUCAGCAAAGCAGCCAUGAUCGUGAACCAGCUUUCCAAGAAGGAGGCGUCGCGCCGGGCGCUGAUGCAGUCGCCGCAGGUGGUGGCGGCUGUGGUGCGCACCAUGCAGAGCACCAGCGACCUGGACACCGCCCGCUGCACCACCAGCAUCCUGCACAACCUCUCCCACCACCGCGAGGGGCUGCUCUCCAUCUUCAAAUCCGGGGGCAUCCCAGCCCUCGUCAGGAUGCUGAGCUCGCCGGUCGAGUCUGUCCUCUUCUAUGCCAUCACCACCCUGCACAACCUGCUGCUGUACCAGGAGGGGGCCAAGAUGGCAGUGCGCCUGGCUGACGGGCUGCAGAAGAUGGUUCCCCUGCUGAACAAGAACAACCCCAAGUUCUUGGCCAUCACCACCGACUGCCUCCAGCUCCUUGCCUACGGCAACCAGGAGAGCAAGCUGAUUAUUCUGGCCAACGGAGGACCCCAGGCCCUGGUGCAGAUCAUGCGCAGCUACAACUACGAGAAGCUGCUCUGGACCACGAGCCGGGUGCUGAAGGUGCUGUCCGUGUGCCCCAGCAACAAGCCUGCCAUCGUGGAGGCUGGUGGCAUGCAGGCAUUGGGCAAGCAUCUGACCAGCUCCAGCCCCAGGCUCGUCCAGAACUGUCUCUGGACCCUGCGAAACCUCUCUGAUGUGGCUACCAAACAGGAGGGCCUGGAUGGUGUCCUCAAGAUCCUGGUGAACCAGCUGAGCUCCGACGACGUGAACGUGCUGACCUGUGCCACCGGCACCCUCUCCAACCUGACCUGCAACAACAGCAAGAACAAGACGCUGGUGACGCAGUCCAACGGGGUGGAGGCUCUGAUCCACACCAUCCUGCGGGCGGGCGACAAGGAGGACAUCACCGAGCCCGCGGUCUGCGCCCUGCGGCACCUCACCAGCCGCCACCCCGAGGCCGAGAUGGCACAGAACUCCGUGCGGCUCAACUACGGCAUCCCUGCCAUCGUCAAGCUCCUCAACCAGCCCAACCAGUGGCCACUGGUCAAGGCUACCAUAGGUCUGAUCCGCAACCUGGCGCUGUGCCCGGCCAACCAUGCCCCGCUCCAGGAGGCUGCCGUCAUCCCCCGCCUGGUCCAGCUGCUGGUCAAGGCUCACCAGGAUGCCCAGCGGCAUGCAGCAGCUGGCACACAGCAGCCCUACACAGACGGAGUGAAGAUGGAGGAGAUUGUGGAGGGCUGCACAGGGGCACUGCACAUCCUGGCCCGGGACCCCAUGAACCGCAUGGAGAUCUUCCGCCUCAACACCAUCCCUCUCUUCGUGCAGCUCCUCUACUCGCCCGUGGAGAACAUCCAGCGUGUGGCCGCCGGCGUCCUGUGCGAGCUGGCCCAGGACAAGGAGGCUGCCGACGCCAUUGACGCCGAGGGGGCCUCCGCCCCGCUGAUGGAGCUGCUGCACUCCAGGAACGAGGGCACAGCUACCUACGCUGCCGCUGUGCUCUUCCGCAUCUCGGAGGACAAGAACCCAGACUACCGCAAGCGAGUCUCCGUCGAGCUCACCAACUCCCUCUUCAAGCACGACCCCGCAGCCUGGGAGGCGGCCCAGAGCAUGAUUCCCAUCAACGAGCCCUACUCAGAUGAGCUGGACCCCGGCUACCGCCCCAUGUACUCGGGUGACAUCCCCCUGGACCCCAUCGACAUGCACAUGGACAUGGACGGGGACUACCCCAUGGACGCCUACAGCGACGGCGUCCGAGCGCCCUUCGCCGACCACAUGCUGGCCUAACCCCCCUGCCCCGCACCAGGUGUUUCCUCCGUACAGCAGAGGGUGGCCCAGAGCUGAGCGUUCACAAGAAGGACUUUGGGAGACAGAAGUGCCUGAGAAGACCAAACUUUGCCAUUCCCACCAGAGGGUUUAUUUUUCCAUUCUUUCUUUUUCCUCCGCUGCGGAGCUGUGGGCAGAGUCCUUCCUGCUGGGACUGCUCCCAGCACCUCCUGCUGCCUCCAGCAGCCAAGAGGCUGUUUCUGAAGCUUUAAGACCCCAUCCCCCCAGCCCUGCCCUGCUCGCCCCUGGCACUGGGGCAGCCUUUUCUAUGGAUGUUUUUUCUCCCCUUUAUUUUAAUGUUGACUGCGGUGCCAACUUCAUCACCUUUCAGUCUGUGCUUUCUAACCUCCCCCCAGCCCUGUUCCACCUGUCAGUGUUCUAGGAGAGGGAUCUAGCACGGGAGAGCCUUUUGCUUUUGGUGAGCUCUAACUCAGCCAGCCCAGCUCAGAGCUUGCUGGAGCCCAAGGGUGCCAUGCCCAGGACCUUGGCUGUCGCCUUCGGGGUGCCCACAGACUCAUUCUUUGCGAUCAGCCCUCGGGGGAGCUGACUUUGUGUCUCUGCCUAUCCUCCCAGUACCUGUAGAGGAGUGACUCCAGCGUUAGGAACCGUGUCCUUGUACUUGCUCUCUGUUGCACAUUUUAAGUCCUUUCCCCUCUUUUUGGUGAGUGGUGUUCCCCUGCCUGCCCUCCCCCCUCCCCAACCCCCUAACACACCUUUUGAAGAGGCUCCGGACCCGACGGGGGUUGGACACUUCCUGGAGCGUGGGUCAGGAGUGGAAGAUUUUAUGAUUUCUGCGAGUUGUUUUUGUAUAGACCAAAGCAAAGAAUAAAAUAACUCCUCCCAGC